UAUAUUAAUAACAAUUAAGGUGAAAACGCAUUUCGGGCGUGAGUGUCGGAAGAAAGUUUCGUUAUUACCAGAUCCACAGCACCUGCGGAUUGCAAAGAUGCCAAGAAGCCGCUGAAAAUGUAUAGCUCGACAUAAGAGUAUAAAGGGAAAUUUAGUACAAGCUUAAGGGAAUAUUAUAUUCUCAUUAGGAUAGAUAACCAAAACAAAAACAUAGUGUCAUGGCUAUGGACUUAAUCGAGCAGGAAUCCCGAUUGGAAUUUUUGCCCGGAGCCGAAGAGGAAGCGGAAUUUGAGCGCUUGUACGCGGCCCCCGCUGAGAUUGUGGCCCUGCUGUCCAUCUUCUAUGGGGGCAUCAGCAUUGUGGCUGUCAUCGGAAAUACCCUGGUUAUCUGGGUUGUGGCCACCACGAGGCAGAUGCGAACUGUUACCAACAUGUACAUCGCUAAUUUGGCCUUUGCCGACGUGAUCAUUGGCCUCUUUUGCAUACCAUUUCAGUUCCAGGCUGCACUGCUGCAGAGUUGGAACCUGCCGUGGUUCAUGUGCAGCUUCUGUCCCUUCGUUCAGGCUUUGAGCGUCAAUGUCUCGGUGUUCACACUGACCGCCAUCGCAAUCGAUCGGCAUCGAGCCAUCAUUAAUCCACUUAGGGCACGUCCCACAAAGUUCAUAUCCAAGUUCAUAAUUGGUGGAAUUUGGAUGCUGGCCUUGCUGUUUGCGGUGCCCUUCGCCAUUGCCUUUCGUGUGGAGGAGUUGACCGAAAGGUUUCGAGAGAACAAUGAGACCUUCAAUGUGACGAGACCGUUUUGCAUGAACAAGAACCUAUCGGAUGAUCAACUGCAGUCCUUUCGCUACUCGCUGGUCUUUGUGCAGUAUCUGGUUCCCUUCUGUGUCAUCAGCUUUGUCUACAUCCAGAUGGCGGUGCGAUUGUGGGGCACUCGUGCCCCGGGCAACGCACAGGAUUCUCGGGACAUCACCCUGUUGAAGAACAAAAAAAGGUGAGUCAUAAAAAUGCUGAUUAUCGUCGUCAUUAUCUUCGGAUUGUGCUGGCUGCCGCUGCAGCUCUAUAAUAUUCUGUACGUCACGAUCCCGGAAAUCAACGACUACCAUUUCAUUAGCAUCGUCUGGUUCUGCUGCGAUUGGCUGGCCAUGAGCAAUAGCUGCUACAAUCCCUUUAUUUAUGGCAUCUACAACGAGAAGUUCAAGAGGGAAUUUAAUAAACGCUUUGCGGCUUGCUUCUGCAAGUUCCAAACAAGCCUGGACGCCCACGAAAGGACCUUCUCGAUGCACACCCGCGCCAGUUCCAUACGGUCGACGUACGCCAACUCCUCGAUGCGAAUACGCAGCAAUCUGUUUGGUCCGGCACGCAAUAGUGGUGUAAACAACGGCAAGCCGGGCUUGCAUAUGCCUCGGGUGCACGGGAGCGGUGCCAACAGCGGCAUUUUCCACGGAGGCAGUGGGCAGAACAACAACGGCCACGGCCACCAUCAUCCACAUCAAAGCGUGGUCACCUUUGCCGCCGGUCCAGGUGUUUCCGGUUCCGGUGCAGGUGUCUCAAUGCCGCCGUGGCGUCGCAACAAUUUCAAGCCCCUGCAUCCGAACGUAAUCGAAUGCGAGGACGACGUGGCACUCAUGGAAUUGCCAUCGACGACGCCGCCGAGCGAGGAACUGGCACCCGGAACCCCCGCCGUUCAGUUGGCCCUGCUCUGCCGCGAGAACUCCAGCUGCAUUUGCGAACAGGAGUUCGGCAGCCAGACGGAGUGCGACGGCACCUGCAUCCUGAGCGAGGUGUCCAGAGUCCACCUGCCCACCGCUCAGGCGAAGGAAAAAGAGCCGGGAAAGUCCCUGUGGCAGCCACUUUAAUUUAAGCUAGAGUGAUUUAAGUUAUAGCCGUGCUCCAGUGACACAGUUGCAACUUGCAAGGCGUUCAUCUAAGAAUAUUACGUUGAGUAUUUAUGUUCAUGGAAUAAAACAGUUGACCAUGGAUGGAAUGUUUGAGUGGAUAAUAAAUAAAUUCACUGAAGCAAUCCAUUGCAUUCAUAUCCAUAAAGUAUAAGAAAAAAACCUUAAAAGCUAAGGAUAUUUUAAGUAGAGAUAGGAAAGAGUGUGUAUGAAAAGAACCUCCUAAAACAUCCAUUGUAUAUAUUAAAAGUUUAUGGACAAAAUGUGUCAUUGGAGCAUAACUAUUAACCUCUGUGAUUUCGUCUUAAUGAAUUGUGAUUACAAAUCCCAUUGCUGAUAAUUGGUUAGCAGAAGGAUGUGUAUUGAUUGAGUGUGAGUGCUGGUCGUGAGUCCUGUACAGUAUUAUACAAUUUGUAAACUUAAAAUGCGUUCCUUAAAGCACAAAAUAUGUAAAUCGAAACAAAGAACUUUGUCCAAGCAUUGUUUAAAAUCUAUUCUUUAAAGUUAUUUGAAACCGUAAUUCACCAAAUCUAUUUAAUGUAAGGCAAGAAAAACUAAUUGAAAUAAGCACCUGAAAUCAAUUAAGUAGAUUUAACUAAAUUAUUUGAAUAGUUAUUUAACAAAAAAUCCGAUUAUGUAUUUAAACCUACACAAGCACACAGCUGGAUGCAUGCAAAUGAAAUGUACAAUACUUGUCAUUAAAAAAAAAAAAGGCUAAUUAAUGUAAUUAUUAUUGUAUUAAAUUACCAAACGAAAACGAAUAAACAUUUCGAGUCAUUAA